AUGAGUAAAUGUAUUGCUAUUAUCAUUGGAGCAUGGAAAAAUAGUGUUAAUUUAAAAGGUUUUAUUAAAAAUGAUAAUGUUAAAUUAAUUUUUGUUGGUCCAAAAGAACUUUUUUUAGAUUAUCAUAUAUCUGAUUAUUUCUUCAGUGUGAAAGGUCCUUCUAAAAUAUUAAGAAAAAAUGAUAGUGCUUUUGAAAAUUUAGUUUCUAAAUUACGGGAGAUAUUAUCAGCAUUUUCCUAUUUAAAAAGGUAUAUUAUAUCAUUUGACAAUAUUCUUCAAUUAACUUUAUGUAAAUUACGCCUAGAAUUUCAAUUAGAAGGUUUUAAUAUAGAAAUAAUGAAUCAAUUAAUAUCAAUUAAAGAUAUGAAAAUAUUACUUAAAAAAGGAAGAAUAACAGUAACUAAACAUUAUUCAAUUGAAAAUUUAAAUAAUACUUGCGUCAAUAGUAUUUAUGAGGAUAUCAAUAAUACAUUCCCACAAUAUCCGCUAAUAGCUAAACCAUAUAUAAAUAGAAAUUACAUUGAUGCAUCUAAAGAUUUUUUAAUCAUGGAAUCUCGGGACUUAAAACGAUGGUUUAGUAAAAGAAAAAGAUUCAAUGAUAUUGAACUUAAUAAUUAUAUUUUAGAAGAAUAUCCUGAGGAUGGAAUAGAAUUUAUAGCAAUAUGUUGCAAUUUUCAACCACUUAUAGGUAUAAUAGUGUCUUCAUUUAUAAAUAUUCCUUAUAAAAAGUUAUUAGAAGAAGGUAAACCAUAUUCAUUAGAAAUUUUAGAAUUAGAAAAUGUUAGAAAUUAUUAUCCUGGCUUAGAAUUUUUUGUUAAACAAAUAACAAAAUUAUCAUAUUUCAAUCAAAUAAAAGAACUUUUUUUUAUUGAAGGAAUCUACAAAAAUCAUAAUGAAAUAUAUUUUAAAAAUAUUUCUUUUGAAAUAAAUAGUAAAAGCAAAGAAUAUUUAAUUGAACAAGCAAAUAAUUUUACAACAUGGCAAUCAUUUUCACUAAAAAUUUUACAAAAAAAUUUAUUAGAAGAAUAUUUUAAUCAACAGUCUGAUAUUUGUAUGUUAUUAAAUGAUAAUAAAUAUCUUUCUAUUAUAAAUUUUCCAACAAUAAAUGGAACAAUAUUACAUCAACAAAUAUUAAAAUUUAAAACUAAAAGUAAUCUUCAGAUAUUAUGGACCAGAUCUGAAGGUACAGAUAUGCUUCAAUCACAGACAGAAGAUGAUAAUAUAUUACAAAUAAUUAUAGCUAAUAAUAAUGAUAGAGAUGAAUUUAUUAAUGAUAAUAUAACUAUUAUGAAUGAAAUAGAAAUAGCUAUUGAUAGGACAGGACAUGUAAUUAAAGGUGAAAGAUUAUCUAGAAGUUCAUUACCACAUAUUCAAUAUACAUCAAAUACACCACUACUAAGAAGAUCUACCUUCAUACAAUUGGCAUAA